UUCACUGAUCAUGUGAUCGAUUAUAGUGCCUGCAUGCGAGCAGAAGCAAUGGAGGUCCGUACCUGCCCAGUAGGUACCUAUGACAUUCCUGGGAACCCUCACUCAGUACAUAUAUUGUUGGAAGGUUACUGCAAGGAUGCAGGACAUGAUCAGUUUGUGGCUGAUGGCUCUGUCACGCUUGUACGUGGCCCCCUUACUGUCUUGGUGGACACUGCUGGCCCUUGGUCACGUGAUAACCUUCUUGAAUCUCUACGGUGCCAUGGUGUGACCCCUGCUGAUGUUACUCAUGUUAUAUGCACUCAUGGCCACUCAGAUCAUGUGGGAAACCUCAAUCUUUUCCCAAAGGCUGAGAUACUAGUGUCUUAUGAUCUGUGGCGUAACGGUGUCUAUGUUGCCCAUGACUUCCGUGGUGGUGUUCCUUAUCUGUUGCCUGGAGGGGAAGGACUGAAAGUGAUACCAACACCAGGCCACACCGGUAGUGAUACAACCCUCCUUGUUCCUGGAACCACUAUGGGCACAGUGGCAGUAGCUGGAGACCUUUUUGAAAGGGAAGGGGAUCAUGAUUCCUGGCGUCAAUUAAGUGAAGACCCUGAAACUCAGGAAAGGAACCGAACAGCUCUUCUGAAAGUUGCAGAUGUAAUUGUGCCGGGACACGGACCACCCUUCAAGGUCAUAAGGACUGAGCAGUAGACUGUGAAACCUUUGGUUAUGUGGGCUCCAUAUCCUUAUUAAAAUGGACAUGAAUCUCCAGGACUUGAACCAACAUGCUUUAUUUUUUAGCAUAUUGUUCAAACAAUAGGCAGCAUAACAACCAAUUUUCCUUGCAGAGGUUAUUCAACAAGGAGCUGCGCUGUCUUAUCUCCGUUCACAGAGUUGAUAAAUCAUUGCCUAUGUAGACCUCUCAUCUUAGUUAUUAUUAUUUUAUUAUUUAUAUGGUGCCAGCAAAUUCCGUAGCGCUGUACAAUGGGUGAGACGGUACUCGGAGAUAGAAACUAUGCAUUCAUCCCCUGUCACUCCACAUAUGUGUGUGUACAAUGCGGGAAUUAGACUAGGGUGCUGCCCAGGUUUUCAUUUUGUCUGAAUAUAUUCAACAACAAAAAUUUGUUUUGUCUGAACUGAAUUUCGUCUGUCUGUUCAUUCGUUUUUGGAUGAAAAUUGGUCAUUAUUUUUUAUUCCGAUCUGUGUCGCAGGCCUCAGCUGCAUCUUGCAGCUGUUUAGUAGUUAACUCUCUAAAUUGGUACCCUUGUGGGAUUUGAUGUAUAAAAAAGUCUCUUAACACCCACGAAUGCAGAGUGAUAAAUACAUGAAUGAACUUUGCACGAAUGAUACAGCUUUCCUAGGAUCACCU